ACUCUGCACAAAACAUCUUCUGUGAGCUAAAUAACUGAAACAGUGAAUUACAAUGCUGCAAAUUAUUCUGCUUCUUCUGCCUGGUGUUCUCAGUAAUCAGUGGAGAGUGAGUUAUGUUUCUCUGAGUCCGGUCUGUGCUGCGAGGGGAUCCAAUGUUUCUAUUAACUGUAAAUAUGAAUAUCCACAUGAUCAGCAAGUACAGCGAGUGCGGUGGUGUUCAGUGAGUUCAAACAAUGUCUACUGUGCGGAUAAUCCACAUGUUUAUGAUAGUGAAUCCAACAAUAAUCAAAAAAACUUCCAAUACAUUGGAGACAACACCUCAGAUUGUUCUCUUUUGAUCAGUAAUAUUGAUCAAACACAUUCUGGAGAGUAUAAAUUCAGAUUUAUGACCAAUGUGAACAAAUGGACAGGUCACCCUGGAGUGAACAUUUUAGUAGACGAUUUAAGAGUGUCCAUGAGCAGAUCAAGAGAAAAUGGAAGCACAAUAGUUGGAGACUCUCUGAAUUUGACGUGCACACUCAGCUGUUCUGGUAAUUUAGCUGAUGUUCAGUGGUUUAAGAAUCGUGAUCUGAUUCGACACUCAGAGCCCGUCCUCACCUUCAGCAGAGUAACAGCUGAAGACUCGGGGAAUUACUCUUGUUCUUUGAGAAACUUUAAAACAACUGUAUCUGAAGAAAUUACCAUUAACAUUGAAGAUGUCACCGGGUCUCCAACCGUUCUGAUUAUUGUGCUGUUUUUAGUCUCACUUGUUUUCAUCACUGCAGCUGUAAUUCUUAUAAGAAGGUAG